GGGAUCUCCGCGCUGAGGGAGAAGCGGGGCCGGGGGUGCGCGGAACCGGUUUCGGAGCUCCCUCUGGCCCCUACGCCCGUCCUUACGCUCGUCUUUCUUGCCCCAACGGGCUUCUCUGACCAGAACUGCUUCUCCCCCAGGUACUACGUGCAAGGAGUGUGUCGGGAGGGCAGCAAGUGCCUGUUCUCUCACGACUUGUCUACAAGCAAAUCCUCUACGAUCUGCAAGUACUACCAGAAGGGACAGUGUGCCUACGGAGCUCGGUGCAGGUAUGAUCACACCAGACUUCCUGCGUCGGGGGGCGCAGCGGCCCCUGCGCCGCCUCCCCUCUCAUCAGCAGCGCUGCACAACCCUCGCCAUCCUCCCGAGCACAGCGCGCCGAUAAUCAGGAGCAAACUGCAUGAGACUGGCAAACGGGAGAAGAAAACGCUAGUGCUCAGGGACAGAAAUCUGUGUGGCUUGAAUGAAGAAAAGCAGAAACCCAGCACCGCAAGCGAUGUGGUGUGUUGUAGUGACCAAAAUGAUAAUCUGGAAGUGAAGCCCCAUUCGUAUUUGGAAGCUAUUUGCAGCGGACUGGAAGAUCCGGUAGCUGGAAGCUCCUGUGCUGUUGGAGAGCAGCUGUGUCCCUAUGCUGCAGCGGGAGCGUGCCACUUCGGAGAUCGCUGCCUUUACCUCCAUGGAGACGUGUGUGAGAUAUGUGGAUUGCAAGUACUUCACCCUUACGACCAAGAACAGAGGAAGGCUCAUGAAAUGAUGUGCAUGGCGACAUUUGAGCACGACAUGGAGAAGGCCUUUGCCUUUCAGGCAAGUCAGGACAAAGUGUGCAGUAUCUGCAUGGAAGUGGUGUACGAGAAACCGUCGGCCUCUGAGAGGAGGUUUGGGAUCCUUUCCAACUGCAAUCACACCUACUGCUUGUCUUGCAUCCGGCAGUGGAGAUGUGCCAAGCAGUUUGAGAAUCCAAUCAUAAAGUCUUGCCCAGAGUGCCGUGUGAUAUCCGAGUUUGUCAUUCCCAGUGCAUAUUGGGUAGAAGACCAGGAGAAGAAAAAUGAGCUGAUUGAAGCAUUUAAGCAAGGAGUGGGGAAGAAACCCUGCAAGUACUUUGAACAAGGGAAAGGAACUUGCCCGUUUGGAGGGAAGUGUCUUUACCUUCAUGCUUAUCCAGAUGGGACACGAGCUGAACCUGAAAAACCAAGGAAACAGCUCAGCUCUGAGGGGACUGUGCGGUUCUUCAAUUCUGUUCGUCUGUGGGACUUCAUUGAAGACAGAGAAAAUAGGACUGUGACCAGCACAGAUGAUGAAGUAACAGAACUUGGAGAACUUUUCAUGCACCUUUCUGGGGCUGAUGAAGAUUCUGCUACUUCUCAAUAAAGAGAACUAAAGGUGC